AUGUCAUCAUCAGCACCCGCAUCCAAGCCCGCUGAAAGCCUGCCCGGCGUGAACGAGAAUUCGAAAGAGGAGGGCGACACCACGCAGCCGCACCUUGGAAUCCUAGAGGAGGAUGACGAAUUCGAGGAGUUCCCCGUUGCUGACUGGGACGACUCGCAGACCGACCUCGCGCACCUGAACGGCACGGCUCCCGGCGCAGCCAAAUCGGGCGGGGACAAGCUCUGGGAGGACAACUGGGAUGAUGACGACAUUGAGGAAGAGUUCAGCGCACAGCUAAGAGGCGAGCUGGCGAAGAUGGGCAAGGAUUCUAAGGGCGACGCAAUGCAGCAAUGA